UGCAGCGGCUAAGCGUGCCAUUAUAAUAUUAGAAUCGUACUAGAACACAACUUGUGUUUGUUUUCGUUAAAAGAUGAGAUUUUUUUUUAUUGCCUUAUUAUUAUGUUUAAUAUGUGUAAAAGCAUGUUUAAGUGUUGGUCUAGUUGAGGAAUUUAGUUGGAGUCGAAUAACGUACCAGUGGCCUGAGGACAGUCAGUUAAGGGCGAGGUUCUUAGGGGCAGAUGCAGCUGCACCUAGAGGAGCUCGGUACAGACCCACUAAACCUAUUUCUAAAGGUGAUGGAGCAGCGGCUGAGUCCCCAAUUGUAUUUGAAGGAAAUACCAAUGCAAAUGUUACUCCAAAGAACGAUACUACUUCCGAAAUUGAUCAAAAUUCUGGAUCAAAUAAUGAAGUUAUACCAUCAUCUGUCGAUUAUCAAUAUAUUAACAACAUUCCCAUGGGUGCCAAUGUCUGGAAGGACAAGCUAUUUAUAACCAUUCCUAGGAGAAGAUUGGGAGUCCCUUCAACACUUAAUUAUGUACCACUGAAUAAUGCUGAGCGAAACAAUGUUCCUUUAAUACCAUAUCCUAGCUGGAAUAUGAAUUUAUAUCCCGAUACUAGCGGACAACUGGAAAACUUUGUGUCCGUUUAUAGAAUAGCCAUUGAUGUAUGUGAUAGAAUGUGGUUUGUGGAUACUGGAAUUGUUGAAACAUUAGGCAACAGAACACAAGUUAAGCCUCAUCAACUUAUCGCUAUUAAUCUUCAAACGGACCAAGUCAUACUGAGGUUUAAUUUGCCCGAAAAUGUAAUAACAUCGGCUACAGUUUUGGCCAGUUUAACGGUUGAUACUCCUAAGGGAUCUUGUGGUGAUGCUUUUGUUUAUUUUCCAGAUUUAGCUGGUUAUGGUCUGAUAGUCUUUAGCCUCAGAGACCGCAAAGCCUGGAGAGUAUCACAUAAUUACUUUUUCUUAGAGCCGAUGGCCGGUGACUUUAAUAUUGCGGGUCAUAACUUCCAAUGGAAUGACGGAGUGUUUAGCGUUGAGUUAAGCGAUAUGAAGUCUGAUGGUUAUAGAGAUAUGUUUUUCCAUGCCAUGUCAGGGACACAUAUGUACAAAGUUUCUACAAGAGUUUUGAGGAACGAAAGCUUGGCUACUAGAAGUUUUCAUGAUGAUGAUUUUGUGAUUUUAGGAGAUCGAGGACCACAAUCUCAAACAUCCACGGCAGAUAUUCACAAGCCUACCGGAAUAAUGUUUUUGGGUUUGGUAAACCAAAACGCUCUUGGAUGCUGGAACAUUAAAAAAAGCCUUAAGACCAUCGACAUAGUACAAAAAGACGAUCAAAAGAUGAUCUAUCCAUCUGAUGUAAAAGUUUCCGGAGACAAAGUUUACGUCCUAACUAAUACGAUGCCUGAAUUUUUAUAUGGGCGACUUAAUUAUGAUGUCACAAAUUUUAGAGUUUGGGCUAAUGAUGUGAGAAAAGCUGUUCAGGACACCAAGUGUCAAGGCGGUCGCUAAUAAUGAAAUAAGAUACUUAUGUUGAAUAUGACAGACAGAAUUUUUUUUAAAAUGCAACAAGUUUUUCUUUGAAAUAGAUGCAGUAGUUAAACUUUAGUUUCAUGUAAGUUAGAAUUUUAAGGUAUAAUAAACUUAUUUUUUUAAAUA